AAUUUAAAGCUACCGGAAAGAAAGUUUUUUGGAUUCUAGUCAUUCAUUAGCAAUUAUUGCUUUCAUAUAAAUUCCGGUUUGUUUUCCUCUUAUUAUUGUAAGCUAUAGAUUCAUAUAUUCCUUUCUCUUAUGGUUCUUGUGCCGCAUGUUGGUCUCUUUGCUUCUUCUUGUUUUUCUCUUGUGGGUCUCGUUUUUGAUCGUUGCUUCUUGCUAUCGUUUAAACCAGCAAGAGAGAGUGUUUUUGCUGUUGGUGGUAGGGAUUGGAUUUGUUUUGGGUUGUGAUAAUGUCGCAGAAGAGGCAGCCUGAGGAGGGCAAGCCUCGUCCAGAAGGGAAUAAUCAGGACGAGAAGAGGAGGAGGUUUGAUUUGAAGAAUGUGGUUCAGGAGGUAAUUAAGAUGCAAUCAUUCCAGCAUUUAUUGGAGCCAGUUCUGGAACCAUUGAUUCGUAGGGUGGUCAAAGAGGAAGUUGAAUUAGCUCUUAAAAGACAUUUGGCCAACAUCAAAAGUGGGAAAGAAAAAGAUUCUUCUCAAUCAAGAAGCUUAAAGCUGCAGUUCUCAAACAGCCUCUCUCUUCCAGUGUUCACUGGAGCUCGAAUUGAAGGAGAAGAAUGUUCUCCUGUAAAAGUAGUUUUGAUUGAUAUUCUCUCUGGGAAAAUUGUUAACGCUGGCCCAGAAUCUUUUGCCAAGGUGGAAAUUGUGGUUCUUGAGGGAGAUUUUGAUAGUGACGAGGGAGACAAUUGGACACAUGAUGAGUUUAAGAACAACAUCGUCAGAGAGAGAGAAGGAAAGAAACCCCUUCUUACAGGAGAUGUAUUUGUGAAUUUAAAUGAGGGAAUUGGCUUUAUGGGUGAUAUUUCAUUUACUGAUAAUUCAAGCUGGACAAGAAGCCGAAGGUUCAGGCUUGGGGCAAGAGUCGUGGAUAAUUUUGAUGGAACUAAUGUAAGAGAGGCAAAGACGGAAUCCUUCAUUGUCAGGGAUCACCGUGGAGAACUGUACAAGAAGCACCACCCUCCAUCUCUGUUUGAUGAGGUUUGGAGAUUAGAAAAGAUUGGCAAAGAUGGGGCUUUCCACAAGCGUUUAAGCAGAGAAAAUAUCAACACUGUGAAGGAUUUCCUGACCCAGCUCUUUGUAGACCCUCAAAGACUUCGCCAUGUUCUUGGAACGGGUAUGUCUGCUAAGAUGUGGGAAGUUACUAUAGAGCAUGCUCGGACAUGUGUGCUUGAUAAGAGAAUGUACUUGUAUUAUGCUCCUGCUUCUCAACACAAAAGUGGUGUGGUCUUCAAUGUUGUGGGACAAGUGAUGGGACUACUUUCGGACAGCCAGUAUGUUCCUAUAGAUAAGCUAUCUGAUACUGAAAAGAUUGAUGCUCAAAACUUGGUAAUUGCUGCAUUUGAACACCCUGGGGAGGUUAUCUCUUUUGAAGAUGAAGCCUCUCUUGUGGAUGGCUCAUCACACUUGUCUAACAUUCCAUAUCCUUCAAGCUCACCGAGGUCAGAGAGCUGUAAUGGUAACAAGCCUUUGGAUUCACACAAGAUGGGUGGAUUUGAUUAUGCACAACCAAAUGCUUCUUCUCCAGAUAUUAUUUCAUCUAUGUAUUCUGUUGGUGGUGUAAGUGGCUUGGAUGAUUAUGCCUUGCCCAGCAUUGAAAAUAUGGGUCUUAGAUAUGAUCAUCCUUUGAGUUUCUCAGGCCAAGUCUCCAACCAUCUCAUUUGUGACACUGAUACCAUGACUCAAGCUUUUUGUGACGACGAUCAUCUGCGGUUUUUUGAUCCAGCUAUUCCGUCUCAUAACCUUGGUUUGGAAGAAUCAGCUGAUUUACAUAGUGCUGUUGAGGGCUUCCUGUUGGCACGUUCCACAGCUGUUGCUGAGGCACAGAGGAGAUGGACAAAGAUCUCUAGUGUGUUGAAAUGGUUCGCUAUUAGGAGACGUGUGGCUUUGAAAAGGACUCGUGUUCGAGAAAUCCAUAGACAUUAAUGGACCAUGUGAAAAAGAAACGUUACCAAGUCACAGUGGCAAGAUAUAGCAUUCAUAAAAUGCUGCCCGAGUAAAAUUUUGUGUGCAGUUGUAGAGAUAAGUUGGCUUCAUUAGUUGUAGAUACUCCCAAUCUCUCUCUCUGUCUCUCUUUACAUGUCUUUAGCUCUGCUGCACAGAUUAGGAAAUCUUUUCUUUUAAUAUUAAACUUGUAAGUAUGUAGAUGGCGAUGCAUUGCUUAAAUUGAAGCCUGAAUAUAAGACUUAAUAGCUGCAAAACUGGCAUGCUAGAAUUUAUGCAAUUCUCAUAUCGGAUUAUUAUUUUGUAUUUGUAGCAUUUCUUCAAUAAAAGCAAUUAAAUCUUUCUUUUCGGUUUUCA